UGUUCUUAAAGGGAAGUGAAGCCUAGCUAGAGCAGCACUUUGUUUUUCUUUUCAUGCAGACACCACAGUCAGCACAUACACUUGCAGUAUGAACUGUUCAGAUGAGAGGUCUUCUUCAGAGGAAAUGGCUCCUGAGGAGUUCGAAGGUGGGAUUGCAGUGGCGUGUGUGAUCUUGGGUCUGUCAUUUUUGAUAGGGACUCCGGGCAACCUGAUGGUGAUCUGGACUAUUCUCAGACAUGUCAAACAGCGCUCUCACACUGUGGUGCUCAUCCUGCACCUGGCCUUUGCUGACCUCCUGGUCCUCAUCACACUGCCUCUAUGGAUCUACUCUUUCGUCCACUCCUGGGUGUUUGGAGAACUCACCUGCAAGGCAAUGGUUCUCAUGAUCUAUACGUGUAUGUACAGCAGCGUGUUUCUCAUCACUCUGAUGAGUGUGGAGCGCUUCAUGGCUGUGCGUUACCCCUUCACCUCAGCUGGCUGGAAGAGACAGAAAGCUCUAAAUAAAGUCCUGCUGGUCCUGUGGAUUUUGGCAUUCUUAUUCAGCUCACCUGUCAUCCCAACCCAGGUGGUUGGAGAGGAUUCAGGUGAGGAACACUGCCUUUACCGCCAGUACAGCUCAGUUACUCAGGAGGUGGUGUGUGUGCUGCUAGAGACAGUGGUGGGCUACAUAUUGCCUCUCUCCAUCCUGAUUGUAUGUUAUAGCUGCCUGUGCAGUCGGAUUGCUCAGAUGACCUUCAAGUCAAAGCGCAAGUCCACAGUUCUGAUUGCCAGUGUAGUGGUUGUAUUUGCUCUCUGUUGGACCCCUCAUCACAUUGGAAAUAUCCUCUCACUCAUUAUUCUGGCCAUUGAAAACUCUUCCUAUGCUGAGGCGGAGAAUCUAGAGAAUGUCAGGAGCACCAUGACCUUCAUUGCUGGGGCCAUGGUCUUCAUCAGCAGCACUGUCAACCCCAUUCUUUACAUGUUCGCAGCUCGCUCCUUCAGGACUUCCCUGCGUGAUACCGGAAUCCAGAAGCUCCUCCGCCAUAUUUCCAGCACCUCUCCAGGUGAGGGCAACAGAGAGGUGUCAUUUGUGUCCAAGAGACAAAGCAAUCAGACCAGUACUUCACAGUGUGUGACGGACUCAAAAGACCAGAUGGACACAUUAGUGAAAAUGUGUGAAAAUAAUGAUUCAUGAUAUUGAAACUCUUAGUUUCUAUUCUUCAUGUUUCUGUACAUGUGUGUGCACAUAGUUACCGUUUCUGCCGAAAUUAAGCUCAUUACGUGUAUAUCAGAUGUUACUUGUGGGACACUGUGUAAAUUAAGUGGUUAACAUGCUUUCUGAAACUGUUCACAUGUUUUAAAUAGUGACUACACUAUACACAUAUUUAUAAAUGUGAUUGUGAUGUGAUCAUUUUCCACUCACAUUUUCUGUAUACCAUACGUUGUUCAUAUACAAUACAAUAAAUAAUUUUUC